CUCAGUUAAAGCUUCUGUGGCGUGAUUCAGACUGUCAGUGUGUGUGAUGAUGGGACUCGUGUGCGCGCAUCUGAUGGUGACACUGUUGCUCACCGCAUCAGGCUGGCUGUGUGUGGUUGGUAUGCGGGUGUCUACAGCAGGUGAUGUUCAGGCCGUGAACGGUACAGACGUUCGUCUCAGAUGCACCUUUCACACUUCAGCUCCAGUCAGACUGUCGAGUCUCGCGGUGUCCUGGAGCUUCAGACCCUUCAGCCCGGGACCGGAGGAGACGCAGGUGUUGUACUAUCAUGAAAAGCCCGUUCCAAAUCACGAGGGCCGUUUCAAAGGGAAGGCGGAGUGGGCCGGAGACGCCGGCGGCCGUGAUGUGUCUAUAGUGCUGAGGAAAGUGUCUUUUCAGUUCAACGGCACAUUCAGCUGUCAGGUGUGGAACCCGCCGGACGUCCACGGCAACAUCGGCCAGGUGCGUCUACGAGUCGUCUCCACAGCUUCUUUCUCUGAGAUUGUGAUUCUCUCGGUUGCUAUUGGAGGCUCCAUUCUACUGAUCCUGCUCAUGUUUAUAAUCAUCACGUCUGUACGUCACUGUCACACAAACAAGAAUCCAGAACAAAACUGCACAAGACAACCGCAGAAGGAGCUGAUGAUGUGGUGACCGGAUAACACUUUGAUCCAUUCUUGGUUUUUCUUUAGCUCUGCUUGGCAACCGGCAGCCUCUGGUUUCUAGGUGAUCAUAUUGUCUUUUCUCAGUAUUUUUUGUGUUAUUCUGCUCAGCUGAUGGAGAUCUGCUUCUGUUACCCGAUCGGUUCAGUGGUGAUGAUGAUGACAGCUGUUCACUGACAUCCA